CUUUGACGGGAAAUAGUUAAACCUUUUCUUAUUUCUCAUUCUUCUUAUAACUUACGUAGAAUCGUUGUUUGUUAAAUUUUAUUAAUUUACACAAAUGAAAAUAUCAAAGUAAGCGACCAAAGAUAAUACCUACUUGUCCACAUGUGUAGACUUAUAGACUAUUUAGUUAGUACUCUACAAACUACAUUUCAUAUACACAACACUUUUAUAAUUUUGAAAUGUAUACACUCUUUUGCAGAUACUAACAUUUUACAUACUUUUAUUAUUUUAUUUUUAAAAUUUCAAGCCAUCUAAGUGAUGUACAGAACCUCAUCAUUUAAAAUGACUAAUAAGAAUUUUAUUUUCACAAAAAAUAAAAGCUUAUUUAACAAUCAUUUUAACUAUUUUAAUGUAUGUGAAAAUUGUUAUUGAGUAUUGGGUCUUAUAUAUUUAUGAUAUAUUUUCUUUCAAAACUAAUUAUAGUAUUUUUUUUUUUUUAGUAGCUAGAGAGCAAAUAUAUAUAUAUAUAUUUUUUUGGUAACUGGUUAAUAUUAUUAAAAAUGAACGAAGAUUUACAAAAGUUUAAUAUCAUUACUAGAGAGCAAAUAUAUGAUACAAUAAAUUAUAAAUAAUAAGAUUUUGCCAAAACUAGUUUUCUUGACGCGGACAACCUCUAGUAAAAUAUUCAUCUUGCAUUGUUCAAACUCUACCACUUCUCUUUUGUCUUCUUCUCGCCGAUUCAAGCCCAUUAGAUCACGACAAUGGUACUUCAAACCGUAUGGUUUUUUGUUGACAAAAGGGUUUCCUAUUAAAAAGGACAAACAUACAAGCUAUGACAGAUUGACAGUGAAGUCAUGCAGUUUUGGAAGACAGAUAGAGAAUCAAGCAAAAUAUGUUCUAGAAUAUGAGAAGCCAAUACAUAUCUAGGGUAAAUGUAAAAAUACAGAAGAAAUAAAUGAUCAAGAACUCUACUAGUUGAAGAGAUCAUGACCCCUACGUCCUCUUUUACCACAGUUUCCACGGUUUAAAACCUUAUAUAUAUACAUAAAUACGUACAUACAUAGUUACACAAACACACACCAUAAAGCCUCAUUUAAUUUAAUCAUUCCAACAAUCCUAUCUUAUUUCAUCACCAAACAAAGCCAUGAUCUCUAGGCUUUUUGACUUCAUGAAACAAUCCAAGUCCAUUCAGCUAAAUAACAAACAUUCUCUCGAUAUAUACACAAAUACAUACACAUACCAUAAAGCCUCUUCAUCAUCAUCAACCCCCAAAGCUUUGUGUGAUGUUUUCAUCAACCAUAGAGGAACUGACACAAAGAAAACCCUUGCAACAUUGCUUUACGACAAUCUCAAAGCCCGUAACUUACGUCCAUUCUUGGAUUACAAGACCUUGAAACCCGGAGAUCAUAUUUUUGAUCAUAUCAACGGCGCAAUUUACACUUCUAAAGUCGCAGUGACCGUGUUUUCUCCCAACUAUGGCCAUUCUUAUUCAUGUUUGCACGAGCUUGCGCUUAUAAUGGAGUCCAAGAAAAGGAUCAUACCAAUAUUUUUUGACAUCAAACCUUCACAACUCGAUGUUGUCAUCGAAAGGGUAAGAUGUCCUGAUGAUGAAAUCCAACGGUUUAGAUGGGCUCUUCAAGAAGCUAGAGAUAUCGUCGGACUUAUGUUCGAUUCCGAUAAAGGGAAUUUAUCGGAGGUUGUUACAAGUGCAUCGGAUAUUAUUGUUCAGAGGUUGGUGGAGUUAGAGGCUGAAGAUGAAAGUGUCUAGGCGUUGGAAGAACUUUGAUUAACUCCAAAUUAAGUGCUUCUCUCAAAUAUAUACGUUUUUUAGAAACUCCUAUGGUUAACUAAUUAAUCGAUUUCAUUCAUGCAUACGUAUCCCUACUUAUUGAUAGUUGACAUAAGAGGCAAUAACUAUUUUCUUAAAGAAGAUUUCUGAUCUCCUUUCUGUAAAUUUAUUUGGUAUGUGUGGCAAGUUCAGAAAAAUAAAAUAACAUUCACUAUUUAUAUUUCCUAAUACCAAAAACUGUUGGUUCCUUUUCAACAUCUUCAUAUUUCUAAAAAAAUAUUAAUUCUUAUUUUUCAUUUUCUAUGCGAACUGAUGACACAUAGCGAUAACAUUUUUUUUUGGAAACAUAUAAGAACUACGAUAAAGAAAAAAACGGAUAGUUAACAACAGUAGAAGAUAAGAGUGAUUGUGUUUCAAAAAAAAAAAAAGAUUGUGGUUCCAUACUUUGAACCCGAACAACGUUAGGAUCUACUUGAGACACAAGAUCCAAACUCUAUUAAAGUUAGAGAACAAAACAAAUGAACUUUUGUUUAUGGGUAGUUUUGAUUACCUUUUAUGUUGUUUUUCAUUGGUUUAUAGAAUAAAGAGAGAUACAAAGAAGCAAUACGGAAUUAUCAUGAUUCCUAUAUCUUGGGAAAACUGUGGAAAGUGGAUGAUUAGUUAAAACAGAGAAUUAAUGUAGAAAGACUUAAUUCAACUUAUUUUGUGAUGGGAGAUGUCAAUCAAAUCACAUAUCGAAAGUUUAGAUAAAGAAUGUAUAAUAUAUAAUAAGAAGUCUAACUCUGAUUAAUACGAUGCCUUUUGGUAAGAGGUCCAAAAGUAAACUUAUGUUGGCUUAUCGCUUAAGCCCAAAGUGGACAAUAUCAUAAUAAUCAAAUAAUAAAAAAUUUGGACAUGAACUUGAAAAAAUUCCAAGCAAGAAGACUAAAAUAUCCUUCAAGUAAGAAGGAGAGCAAUAUGACAGCGAUUAGUCUUGAAGAUCUUGGAAAUUCAGUUGUGGGAAGAGCAUCCUCUGUCUAAUUAAGGUGCCGAAUGUUUAAGACAUGACAAGAUAGGUGCCGAGAUGAUUCACUGGAAGAAAGGACACAAGGUGUGUACACAGUCUUUGGUUUGACGGAAAUAACGAGAGAUGCCAAUCCAAAUGCCACAUCAGAAGUUUAGAUAAAUAAUGUCUAAUAUAAUAAGAAGUCUAAUUCUGAUUAGUACGAGAUAUUUGAGAAAAAAUCCAAAAGUAAAUCUAUAUGGGUUUGUCUCUUAGUUGUAAAGUGAACAAUGUCGUACUAAUCGUACAAUAAAAAGGUUGGACUUUGGACAUGAGCGUAAACAAAUCCCAACAUCUAUACAAAGGACAUAGAUAAAACAUAGAUUAAAUUGAGAAACAUUUGAUUAGGCUAGUGUAUUAUUGUUGAUUGCCGUUUAUAUCCCAUCUUCUCAGGCCCAUCAGAGUGGUCCCAAAGUGAAACUUGUCCUUAAGGUUGGGUCCGAAAGUCUCUACGUGAGUUCAUUUCUUCUCAUGUAGCUUCAUCAGCAAAAUGGUGCGAGACAAAAAAAAAGGCAAUAAAUUAUCUUGUGCUGGCAAUAAAUGAAGCGGCGGAUGCUGUAAGGAUUGACUUAGUAGGCAGAGUUGCUAUAAAAUAGUUGUCUCCAGAGAGGAGUUACUUAAGGUGAGUGUGAGUGGGUGAUCACAUCUUGAAUAUAGCUUAUUUUUUAUUGUAACUGU